UUAUUUCUUCCUCUCACAAUGUCUUAUUUUGAUGGGCCAAAACUUCUGGAUUUUAAGAAUUCACCGCCACAUCUUCAGUUCAACAAGUAUGUCCUAACAGGAUACCGGCCUUUAUCCACUUACAGAGAUUGUCUACGAAGUUUGUUCUAUCUGCACAAUGAAUUGGGAAACAUCUAUACACAUGGUAUUCCCUUCUUCUGUUUUUUGCUGUUUUUGCCUUUGAGUAUUCCAUGGGCUGAGGUAGAUGAAUGGUGGAUAGGUGUGGUGCAUUAUCUGGCUUGUCUUUCUCCGACCCUCUGCUCAGUCUUCUAUCAUCUCUUUAUGAACCAUGAGAGUGGAGCACCAACUUACGACACACUGCUGUGCUUCGACAUGUUUGGUAUCUGUCUAGUCAACACUUUUGGAGCUCUGCCAAUCAUCUACAUCACUUUGCUGUGUUACCCGUUCUGUCGUCGCGUGGCGAUGUUAGCCUAUCUACUUUUAUCUGGAUACGGUGUGUACUGUGCGCUCAGGGCACGAAGUAAUGUGCACCGUCUGCGCUCCUUUGCCUGGCAGGCGCUUUUUCGUUUUGUUCUCUUCAUGCUGCGUCUAAUUGGUGCAGGGAGAGGAAGCCCCGCCUCUCUACGACUCUACCUCAGUAUGGAUAUGCUUGCCUUGCUUGGAGGGCUCGUCAACAUUUCUCGCUUGCCCGAGUGCUUCAGCCCUGGACGCUUUGACUACUGGUGUAACAGUCAUCAAAUAAUGCACAUCAUGGUCAUCCUCUCUAUUGUGCACUUACACUGGGGCAUGCUUGAGGAUUUAACCUGGUUAAAGGGAUUUCAUUGUCCAUAA